UCGACAACAGCGACAUGCAAUGCGAAAAAGUAAUGCGUGCAUCAGCAAAGCCAGAAGAUAUUUAUUGAGACUUAUAAAAACGAAUAAUUAUUUUUACCGCGAUGAUAUUUUCACCACUGGCUCUGCUCAAGCGCUAUUACUCUUGGCAUCAGGAGCACGGGGAUGAGGAGUCUGUCGAGACGGUCGGCCAUAUUGUAUGUUUGUUCAGCAACGGCAGCAGUGCUAUGGUGGCUAGCUGUGGUUUUGUGUACUCUCGUGGUGGUGGUGGUGGUUCGUCGGUGUUGGACGUGCGGUGCCAUGGCUACAGCUGCAGCGGACCCGAAAGAAAAAGCGCACUGGACACCCGAGGAGACAUUCGCCCUUAUCAAAAUAUGGGAAGACCAUCUCCAUGACUUAAGAAGGGCGAAGCGCAACGCUAAAGUGUACCAGUUGAUUGCUGAAAAGCUGCUCGAUGCUGGCAUCAGCAAGACUUUGAAAGAGACGAAGACAAAGAUCGAAAAUCUAGCAAACAAGUACAGAGACAUCAACAAGAAAAAGGGCACUGGGCAAGGCCGUGUCACUUGGCCCUAUUACUGGGAAAUUCACAAGUUCCUCAGUGCCUUACCAAUGAAUAACCAGCGGGAAAUGGUGGAAAGCCAAUGCAACACUGUGGAGGAGAUCAUCCACCAAAUGGAGAAUGAUCACAGAAGCGGAGACGACGGGGACGCAGCCGCCAACAUGAAUGAGGAUAUGGCAUAUCCUACACAGGAUGACGCAUCUGAAACACCAUCAGAAACUUCGUGUCGUGCGCUUUCAUCUCCUGUUGACGCUGGACCUUCACAAACUGGGACUCUCCAGCAAAAUGCUUGUCGCCAGAGCUUACUGGGGCCUCGCGAAAGGAGAAAGAGGCAGCCAUCGAAUGCAAAUCUGCUUGCGCAGCUCAUUGAGGAGCAACGGCAGCUGCGUCUAUGUUUAGAAAAAGGCAUGCAGAAAGAAGAAAAGUUCAGAGAGAAGCAGAUUCAGCUGCAGGAAGAAAGUGCGCAGCGUGAAAAUUUAUUUUUGGCGUGUUUGCGGGAUUUGGGCAAAAAGUAAAUGUUCAAUGCCUGCA